CAAAAGCAUCAUCAAUUCACCACUGUUUCUUCCGUUGGGGCUUCAUGUUAUUCCUUCUGACCUUCUCUCUCUCCCUUUCUCUCUCUAGCACGACUCCAUUAACGAGAAAUCAAAUGUUGGAGUUCUAAUGGCCAGACCUUCCUCAUCCUUCGCCAAUCUCUUCCUCCGCCAAAACCCUCGAACCAUCCAAAACCCUAACCACCAAAUUCGGAACAUUGGAGUCGGCGGAGACAUCAGCGGCGAAGCAUCUAUUCAGAACCAAAAGCAGCUGAAUCCACAUCAACAGAAGCACCAGAACUUCACCGAGAUCGCAAGGGAGGUUUCCAAAGUCAUUCGAAGCCGACCCAGAUGGGAACAAACCCUCCUCUCCGAUUUCCCCACCAUCAAUUUCUUCGACCCCAACUUUGUCCGCGAGGUUCUGAAGCACCAGAACAAUGCAUUUCUGUCGUUCAGAUUCUUUCACUGGCUCACUUCUUUACACGGGUUUGUUCUCGAUCCCUCUUCUUGUAAUUUGGUUUUCUGUGGUCUUGUGGAGGCCAAGGCCGCCGAUGCUGCGAAAUCUUUUCUCGAUUGUACCCAUUUUACUCCAGAACCAGCUUCUCUAGAGUUAUAUAUUCAAUGUUUAUGUGAAAAUGGGUCAAUUGAUGAAGCACUUGCUGUGUUUGAUCAAUUGAAAAGCCUUAAUAUUACCCCGUCAUUUGCAAGUUGGAAUUCGGCUUUACUGGGUUCAGUUCGAGCUGAGCGAACUGAUGUUGUUUGGAAAUUAUAUGGUGAAAUGAUGGAAUGUGGGGUUGCGGGGGAUGUUGACACUGUUGGUUAUUUAAUUCAAGCAUUUUGUAUUGAAAAGAAAGUUUCAAACGGUUAUGAGCUCCUUCGGCAAGUUUUGGCAGAUGGCAAUGUCCCGAGUAAUGUUACUUUUAAUAAAUUGAUUUCUGGGUUUUGUAAUGAUGGGCAUUAUUCUAGAGUUUCUGCUCUUCUUCACACAAUGAUUGCAAAGAAUUGUGCUCCGGAUAUUUAUACAUAUCAGGAAAUCAUCCGUGGGUUAUGCAAGAGAAGAACGAUGCGGGUUGAAGGUUUUCGGAUUUUUAAGGAUCUUAAGGACAGAGGUUAUGCGCCGGAUAGGGUAAUGUAUACAACAAUGAUUCAUGGUCUUUGUAAGAUGAAAUGGAUUGGGGAUGCUCGUAAGCUGUGGUUUGAGAUGAUACAUAAAGGGAUUCUUCCGAGCGAAUACACAUAUCUCUCACUCAUUUAUGGGCUGUGUAAAAUCGGUAAUAUUGAAGAGGCACAGGAACUAUACAAGAAGAUGUGUGAUAGACGUUUUAGGGAGACCACAAUUAGUUGCAAUAUAAUGAUUGGAGGGUUAUGUUUGCAUGGUAGGACUAAAGAAGCUUGGGACUUAUUUGAAGAAAUGCCCCAGAAGACUAUUGUUCGUGAUGUGAUCACGUACAACACUCUGAUUCAGGGAUUCUGCAAGGAAGGGAAGAUAGAUGAGGGUUUGAAACUUUUGCAUGAAUUUUUAGAGCAGGGUUUGCAGCCAUCCACUGCCUCUUACACUGUACUCAUAGAAAAACUUUGUGAGGUGGGACAUGUGCAUGAAGCAAAAGAGUUAUGGGAAGAUAUGCAAUAUAGGGGUGUUGAACCAGCCGUCUGUACUCGUGAUUUCAUCAUUACCGGAUUGAGCGAGCAAGGGUAUGUUGCAGAAGCAAUAGAAUGGUUGGCCACAAUGCUGAGGAGUAGGCUCAGACCACGAAAGGAAACCUUUGAGAGAACAAUUCAUUGUCUCUCACAAGGAGAUAAGUUGGAUGAUGCUUUACUAAUUAUUGAUUGCAUGUUAAAGAGGGGUUUUGCCGUAGGUGAAAGUAUUUGCCAUUCUGUUGUUGAGAAACUCUGCGAAAAGAAUUCCCAUCAUGUUGGGACAUGUUUAGUGGAUAUCCUUGAACACAAUUGAGGUUCAAGGGACUCUCACACACACUGUUUUGUAUUUCUUAAUUUUAAUUAAUUUACAAAAAGAAUAUCUUGUGCUCUGUAUAUGUAGCUGAAAACUAAAUAUCAUUCUGAAAUGUUAAAAUCCAUUGCAUGAUUUUGUCAAA